AUGUUUAACUUUAUUAGCGAGAUUCCAGAAGAAUAUAGUAUACUAGCAGCUUUUGUAUCAGAAUAUAUGAGUGUAAAUCCAAUGGACAAACCUAAGCUUCCCCUGGAUUACAAAGACAUAGAAGAGAUCAAAAUAGUUAUACCAUUAACUUCCAGGAAGCAAAUAGCUGAAACAGCUAGAAGAUUAAGAACCAA